UCUGAAGACUUCUGGAGAAGUGACCAGCGGCCGAGGGGACAAGGGAUGGACCCAGAAGAUUACGAGAAUGUCAGUUUGGGGAAAAUAUCGCCUUGGCCAUUGGGACAAUUUCUUAGGGUAGAGUCACGUCAAACUGCCAAGAUUCCACACAUUGUCCAUGCUGCUCUGAUCCUUCUGACUCUGGCCCUGGUCGCCUCUCUCGUUGCUGUAACCAUCCUGUAUUUCCAGGGAGAAACACAUCAUAGGAGAGGGGAGGAAGCAGGAAGACAAAGUUGCUUGGCCAACAUCAGUACCUUGAAUUUGGAAAUCCAGGAGCUCAAAGGUCGUUUGGAGAAUAUGACGGAGCUGGCUUUGGAGGUGAAGACGUUAAGAAACCAGCUGCGACGUGCCACUAUGACUACCCUGGGUCCGGAAAAUUUCAAAGUCUAUUUGGAGGGGACCCCUGUGGUUAGGAUGGACCCCGUUAGAGGGGGUGACCAUCCGAAGGAUGCCCUUGCCUUUAGCAAGGCCACCGAGCUACAAGAUGGUCUUUCGGGGGAUACAUUUAGCCAAGCCCCAGAUACGGUGCCAGCUCAUGUAAAGAAUACCACAACACUGGCUGGGGUCGCUGAUGCAUCGAAAAGCUAUAUGGAGGCCAUCCCGGCUACUAAGAAGGACCCAAAGGAGCCACAAGACCAUUUGCAAAACAUCACUUCUAGCGAAGACCCUGUUACAUUAAAGCGAGAUUUGAAGACCAUCAGUGUCUCCUAUAGAGCAAUGAGUGCCGAAUAUAAUGCCAUCCUAAACAUGUUCCUUGGAGGCUGGAGGCUGUAUGGAGGGAAUCUCUAUUAUUUUUCACAAGACAAAAAGUCCUGGGAUGAGGCGGAGCGUUUUUGCAAGUCAUGGAAUUCCCACCUGACAUCCGUGAUGUCCGAGAAAGAGCAGGACUACCUUUCCAAAAAGAGCAAAGGUUCUCCUCACUGGAUAGGACUGAGAGAAAGACGGACGGAACAUCAGUGGAGUUGGUCGGAUGGGACGCCGUUCCAAGAGGCAGAGAGCAAAUGGUUUUGGGAAGAAGGUCAACCAGACAACUGGAGGCAAGAAGAGGAAUGUGUCGCGAUGCGGACAAAAGAGCGAAGCUCGUGGAAUGAUGGAAACUGUCAAAAUCGGCUGCAUUGGAUCUGUAAGAAAGUGCCUAGGCAGUUCGGGUUGAGCAGGUAGGAGGAUGACGGGACCGUAUCUCUGACCGUCGUUCAACUCCGAGGGAGGACCAUCCACAACUGGACUAGAGAGCAAACUGGACACCUCAGUUCCCUUCUACCCUUCAAGAAGGUGAUGUCUCUUGCCAUUCCCAGCAGUCAACACUCCUCCUAUUCAGAGUCCAGCCCCUAUCUUGAGGCCAAUAAUUCAAAUAGAAAUCCAUCUGUCAACUUUCAAACUCCCUCUAGACUGUAAACUUGAUAUAGACAUAGAGUGUGUCUGCUAAUUCUGGUGUAGCGUGCUUUCCGAAGAGCUUAGUGUGGUGUUCCGCACAUAGUAAACGCUCAAUAAAUACCAUUGAUUGAAGCUGCAUGGGGGAGCCGGAUGGGGAGGGAACUAGAACUGGUCAGGUCAGUGGUGUCAGCCUAAAGGUGUCCAGGAGCCAUGGACAAAGAUAACGAGCCAUAAGGGGCAAGUGGGCCCGUGAGCAGAUGCAGAAGAGUCACACCAGGGAGGUCAGGGAGAAAAACAUGGAUCCUGAGUGGGGGCAGCUGAUGAUUUCAUGAACCUAGCUUUUUUCUUUUUUAAUGGUAUUUAUUAAGUGCUUACUAUGUGCCAGGCAUUGUACUAAGCACUGGG